AAUAAUUCAAUGGAUCCUGAAGAUGAUUAAGAAAUUAUAGAUUCUAUAGUAAAUGGUACUCAACGCACUUAUUUCUUAGCUUUAGAAAGUGAUGAAGAAAGAUCCUUUUCACCUUCUUAAACUAGAUCAGAUACUAAUAGAACUUAUUCUCCAUAAGUUAAGAGAUUACAAUAACCAUAGUAUUAAAUACUCAUAUUAAUAGAUAUUCAAUCAAAAAAAUUUAAAGUCCUAUUAUAGGAUUCAAAUUAGAUUGUUGGACAAUUUAGACAUUUAGUUUAGAUGAUGACUUAUAUUUAGAUGGAGAUUUAGUAUACAUUAAUUUAUAUAUUAGAUUCUCAAAUGUAAAGAUUAAACUAAUAGCAGAAAAAUAUAAAGUCUAUUUGAAAAAGGAAAUGAGGAACAAAGAGAAUUUAUAUUUUUAAAAUUAUUACCUGGUAUUGCAUCACUUGCUAAUGAUAUAUUUGGAAACUAUGUUGUUUAAAGAAUUUUAGAAUAAGGAAAUCAAUAAUAGAGAGAAUUGAUUUUUGAGCAUUUAUCUUAAUCAAUUUUAGUUUUAAGUUACAAUACUUAUGGAUGUAGAGUAGCUCAAAAAUUAUUAGAAAUAUCUUAUAAUACCAAUAAAUUUGAAUAAAUAUUCAAGAUAAUAUCAUCUUAAAUUAGAAAAUUGGUUAUUGAUACUAAUGGAAAUCAUGUCAUUCAAAAAAUUGCUGAAUUAGUUAAAUCAUAAAAAACUGAUUGGUUAAUUGAAGGUGUCUUAGGAUAAAUUUAAAAAUUAUCUAAUGAUUCACAUGGAUGUAGAUUAAUUUAAUAGAUAUUGGAAUUAUCAUCUAUUUCAUAAGUAAUCAUAUAGAUUAACAAAGUUAAAUGAAAUUUAUAAAGAAUUAUUAUCCUUAUAAGAUGAAUUAUGCUUGUCCUAAUAUGGAAAUUAUAUAAUUUAAAUCCUUUUACAGAAAGGCCCUACUGAUGUUAUUAAUCAAAUUUAAAAUACUAUCAUUAAAAAUUUAGAGAAAUUGAGUUGUGAUAAAUUUGGAAGGUAUUUUCAAAACUUUCUAUUAUAGCAAUGUGGUUGAUAGAAGUGUUAACAUAUCUAUUUAUAUGAGAAAAGAAAUCCUUAAAGUAUUCAUACAUAAUAUGAAUAUCUUUUAUAAAUUAUCUAAUAAUUGUUAUGGUAAUUAUGUAAUAUAGAAUUUCUGCAAAUAGCUUGAAUUAAAUUAACUAUUAAAAUUAUCAUAUGAUUCAACUUAAUUUAAUACUCAAUUUGGUUAGCAUGUAUAUUAAACAUUAUAAAAAUUGAAAAAUUGA